GAAAAAGUGUAAGGUUACAUUUGAGUGUUUUCAUUUUCAUGUUUAUUUCAAGUAAAAAAUGGUAAAAUACAGAUGAACGUAUCAUUUGUGCUGAAGAAAAGAUCAAGGAUUUUACUGAAACACUAUUACUCUUUACUCAAAAUGUGAUGUGCCUGCCUCAUGAUAACAUUGAUAACUUUUGUACAACAUUGUAGAGAAAAAAAACUGUGCCAGAGGCAACAGGAGGAAAUGUUUCUUUUACGGAAAAAUCUGUAUUCUGCAUAUGGACUCACCCAUUCUUGGUCAAUUCCAGAUGGAUAUGAUACAGGAAUAAAAGUUUAUAACUGUGUAACGAAAAAGAAAGAAGCUCUAGUAUUGAGAAAUAAGCACAUAUUCACUUGGUAUUCAUGUGGCCCCACAGUUUAUGAUUCUUCCCAUGUUGGACAUGCCAGUUGUUAUGUUAAAUUAGAUAUCAUACAAAGAAUUAUAGAAGGUUACUUCAAACAUAAUCUAAUAUCAGUCAUGAAUAUAACAGAUAUUGAUGAUAAAAUAGUGAAAAAAUCAAAUGACAUGAAUUGUUCAUACAAAGAUAUUGCUGAAAAAUAUGAACAAGAAUUUUGGACUGAUAUGGAUGACCUGGGUGUAAAAAAACCUGAUAUUAUUCCAAGAGUCACUGAAUAUAUGGAUCUGAUAAUCAGUUUCAUCAGAAGACUUGAAGAAAAUGGUUUGGCCUAUAAGGCUGAAGAUGGUUCUGUGUAUUUUCAUGUUCAAGACAUCAAAAACUAUGGAAAAUUACAAAAUAUUUCCAAGACAACUAAGGAGCAGAAAAGCAAAAUCAAGCAAAGUGAUAUGGACUUUGCUCUUUGGAAAAGUACCAAAGAACAAGGUGAUCCAUCCUGGGAGAGCCCUUGGGGAAGAGGAAGACCUGGGUGGCAUAUAGAGUGUUCUGCUUUAGCAUCACAUUUCCUAGGUUCAAAUAUUGAUGUUCAUGCAGGUGGUAUUGAUCUGAGGUUUCCUCACCAUGAAAAUGAAGAAGCUCAAUCAUGUGCUUUCCAUAACACUAAUCAAUGGGUCAACUACUGGUUACAUACUGGACAUCUUCAAGUGAAUCAUUCAGAAAAGAUGUCAAAAUCACUAAAAAACACUGUUUCAAUACAGGAGAUGUUGAGAGAAACUUCCUCAGAAGUUUUUAGGAUGGCUUGUAUCAUGUCUCAUUAUCAAAGUCAUAUGGAAUAUAGUAAAAAUUUGUUCACUACUGCUGAAAAUGUUUAUAGAACAUUCAGCAACUUCAUAAAUUCUUGUGAUAAUUAUAGUGCUGGUCAUUUGAAAGCUAAAGUAUCUUCUGAUGUUCUGAAUGCUUAUUUAAUCAAAUCUAUAGAUGAGGUUCAUAGAUCUUUUUGUGAUAAUUUUGAUACUCCCUCUGUGCUCAAAACAUUGAAUGAAUUAGUUUCUUUAACAAAUUCUAUGUUGUAUAGUACUGCUUCCAGUGAUGACAGAAGUGGUCUCAUUUCUGUAUUAGCUGUUAAAAACUUCUUCCUAAGUACAAUGGGUGUGAUGGGACUGGGAUUUGAAGAGAAGAACAGUGUGUCUAAAAACUACAGUGAUGUCAUGGAUAUUUUAAACAGUUUUAGGCAGGAAAUGAGGGUAAUAGGCAUAGCUAAUAAAAAUGUGGAUAUUUUGAAUCAGUGUGAUAGGGUGAGAAAAGAGGUGGAAAAAUGUGGAAUAUUCAUUAAAGAUCAUGGCAGAACUUCAUCAUGGAAUAUAUGAAAAUCAAUCAACUGUUAUUUUAUUUUUGAAAUUUGAAUAGUUACCGUAUUCUCACAAUGUAAUAUAAAAGUUGUUUUUUUUUUUAUUGGAA